GGCCGCGGCUGGAGGCCGGACGGCGCCGCGGGGCCGCGUUUCCGGGUGCGGCGGGAGGAGGCCGCGGGCGGCGGGGUUCCCCGCGUGCCUCGAUGUCCUCAGCCGCGACGUGGGAGGGAUGCGGCUGGGUUCAGGCUGCGGGCAUCCAGGCAAGACGUCGGCUGGGAGCCACUUCCCCCACCCCGCUGGCCGGUGGGAAGGUGGCAAGGAGCCAGUGCAGCAGCGUCCUCGGGCCAGACUUGGCCGCGGAUGGGUGUCCGCCUGGGUUGCUCUAGCCUGGCCUGAUCUCUGGUGUGGAGUGUCGCUGCCCCGCUGACGGCUGCCAGAGAGGAUCUAAUCUGACCUGACUCCUGCCUCCGCUGCCGAAGGAGGCGGCUCGGUUUGCAGAUGAGGCAUGAGUGACCAGGCUAGCCCCCAGCACUGAGCCGCCGGAGCUGCUGGGAGCUGGGCCAGGAUGCCGAUCCCUCCUCCCCCACCGCCGCCGCCGCCUGGCCCCCCGCCGCCUCCUACCUUCAGUCAGGCAAACACAGAGCUGCCGAAACUGAGCCGAGAGGAGCAGCGAGGCCGUGGGGCCCUCCUGCAGGACAUCUGUAAAGGGACCAAGCUAAGGAAAGUGACACAAAUCAACGACAGGAGCGCACCAAUCCUAGAGAAGCCCAAGGGCAGCGGUGGCGGCAGCUACAGCUCUAGCUCAGCUGCAAUCCAGGCAAAGGGCGGCCUCUUCCAAGGCGGUGUGCCCAAGCUCAGACCCGUGGGAGCGAAGGACAGCUCAGACAGCUCCAGUAAGCAAACCCUGCAAGUCCCCGGCUCCAGAGCAGCUGCCCCCAGGCCCCCGGUGCCGGCCAGCAACAGCCGACCUCAAGAUGAUGCUGACAACAGCCGGGGCUCUCCGCCGGAGCUGCCGCGCACGCAGAGGCCCUCCCUGCCGGAUCUCUCCCGGCCCAACACCACCAGCAGCACCGGCAUGAAGCACAGCUCCUCCGCCCCGCCGCCUCCCCCGCCGGGACGCCGUGCUGCCGCCCCUCCGGCCCCCCCGCCGGCGCACAGCGCCAAGGCCUCUUCCUACAACCGAGAGAAGCCCCUGCCGCCCACCCCGGGACAGCGACUGCCCGUGAGCAGGGACGGACCCCCUGCUCCACCACCCAUCAAGCCCCCUCCCUCCCCAGUCAGUAUCCGAACGGGGUCGGGGGCUCAGAGCCAGUCUCUCGCCCCCCCGCCGCCCCCUUAUCGGCAACCCCCCAGUGUCCCCAACGGCCCUUCCAGCCCCAUCAACGAAUCCGCCCCAGAGCUGCCGCAGAGACACAACUCCUUGCACAGGAAGACGCCGGGCGCUUUGCGGGGUCUGGCACCACCGCCACCUGCUUCAGCCUCCCCGUCUCUCCAGAGCAGUCGCCCCCCUCCGCCGGCCAGAGACCCCCCCAGCCGGGGAGCAGCUCCGCCACCCCCUCCGCCGAUGCUGCGAAAUGGGGGGCGUGACGCCCCCCCACCCCCGCCCCCCUACAGAUUGCAUGGUUCCGCCGAGCCCCCGAGCCGAGGGAAGCCGCCACCACCGCCCACAAGGACCCCGGCCGGGCCACCACCACCGCCUCCACCGGUGCGGAACGGGCACCGGGACUCCAUCUCCACCGUCAGAGCGUUCCUGGAUGACUUCGAAUCCAAAUACUCCUUUCACCCUGUCGAAGACUUCCCAGCCCCAGAAGAAUAUAAAUACUUCCAGAGAAUCUACCCCAGCAAAACAAACAGAGCUACACGUGGGGCCCCCCCCCCUGCCCCCCAUCCCCAGGUGAAAGCGGGCUGCACAGGCGGAUUGUUCCUGAGCAGAGAGACAAACCUCCUCCCCCUUCCUCAGGCGGACCCUCCCCACCUCCCUGCCCCCCAGGAUCCUGCAUGAGAAACUUCCAGCGUCUUUGGUUUUCCCAGCUGCACCAGGACGAGCAGAUACCUCCAGCCCAGCUCUCUCCGCCAGCCCACCCUCAUCUAUGCAUCUCCCCCGGGACUCGGGGACCUUGCUGGCAAACCCGCCUGGGUCCUUUCCUCCUCGUUCGUCGCAGAUCCCGGUUCGGGCCAGGAUCCCACGUCCAGCCGCAGCCUGGGAGCCAGGCGCGAGGACUUGGGGCAGUUGGGACCGGAGGUGGCUCAGUGCCCGAUCCCUCGGGGCUGGGGCAGAGCGAGGGCUCGGAGAGGAGCUGGGGUAGGGCAGGGGGUGGAUGCGCUGCGUGAUCACCGGCUGCGCCGGCGGUGGAGCGAGCGGGAGCUGGGAUGCACCGGCAGAGCCUCGUUACUCCGGCGCAGCCGAUUGCUUUUUUGCACAGGAGCCAGUGGAGGAGCAGGGGGGUGACAGGGACCAUCCAGGGAGACCCCCACAGCCCUGGGCAGGGGCUGGGGGCCACGAGGUGGCUUGAAGCUGGGGGGGGGGACACCCCCCUUUCUCUGCUCCCACCCCCCACACCCCUCCGGCAGCAUCACCCCCCAAACCCACCGCAGCCUUUUCACACCACGGGGUUUUGAUGGGGCGAGGAGGCGCCCGGCGGCAGCACCCCGGCUUUUAACGCUAAAUCACCAAACUUUGAGCAUUUUAACGGGAAGACACUAAUUAUCCGUGGAGGAAACGGGGGGUGGGGUGGUGGUUUGUUCUUUUUCUUCUGUGGCAGGGGGGGAACGUGGGGAGGGAGCUGGGGCCACAGCCCCCGCGCUGGGGGGGCUCCGCUGACGUUUUGCCUUACACACUCCCCUGUCCGACUGUUGGUACCGGGGCUGGAUUCUCUGUAUUUACUCGCAGUACCGGGGUGGGCUGGACAUUAACCGUAGUUACUGAUCUAUUUUGUACGUUGUAAAAAGCUUGUACUAUAGGAGGAAGGUGGGCUCGCUGCGGGGGUACUAAACCCUCCCCUCUAACUGUUUUGGGGGAUUUUUUUUUUUUUUUUUUUU